AUGGGCCAGGUGACCAGCCGGUGCAUGGAGAGACUGCCAGACACGUGCGCGCACGAUUCUCAUCCGACUUCUUUAUUGAAGACCUCAGACGGAGAAGAGAUCCGAGUUGAACGAGCAAAAAGUAAUGUUGUAGUAAGCGGGCGAGAAGAGUUUGCCAGAUUAUCAAUGGAUCGGGUUAGAUCAACUCCUGGAUUGCACUUAGCAAGCGGGGAGGCAUCUUCAAGCCCAGGUCCAUACAGGUUGAGCUCGGCAUCCUCUUCAAGUCCAAGCUGCCCAAAGCUUAUAGACAGCUUGUGCAGAAUUGAGGUCAGUGCCGAUCGAGUUGUCUUCAACUUAGAUCUGCACGACAAGCUGGCUCGAAGGCAGCAUCUUCGAAACUACUUCCAGCUAUGUGCUGAACACCGAAGACUACAGGUGACAACUUCUUGCUUUGCGGCAUGGCGGAAGAGCAAGAAAAUCAAUGGUUUUGCAAAGGUGAUCCCAGUUGCACAAGAGGAGACUGAUGGAUUUGCAUCCGAUGGACCUAUCCGUGUCUUCUUUUUUGAUGACAACUUGGAGUGGGGCGGUUGUGAGGACAGCCCUGGCAUCUGCAACUUGAGGGACUUGGCCACGGGGAAGUUUGUGAACUUCACUGAAGGUCAGAAUGGAUUUGUGCAAGAGCGAUUCGCACGACACACAGUAGUGCAGCACAGCCAAAUGUGGCGUGUAGUUCUUGUGAAGGCAAACAUUUUGGAUGCCAUUGAAGACAAGGAGUACUUUGCCAGACUAAUUUCUCAGUUUUCUGAGCCAAGGGACAGAUUGGUCGUUUUUAUGGACGUGAAUGCAACAAUCGUCUGCAAUGACACUGUCCAGGGGAAGGGUUUGGCAGUGACUCUACUUGGCACCAUGUUCGAGUUGCUGGAGUUCAAGCCGGAGCAGCCCUUUGAUCUCCAGUACGGUACUUUGAACCAGAUCCGAGUGGAAAAGGUCAAGACCUUAAAGGGGCUGAUCAAAGACAUGACAGCUGAUGACCAUGAAGGAUACACUCGAUUCUGGGAGGAGAAGACAUGCUGGGAUUUCCUGGCACAUGUCCUCCAAAGUGGAGAAGUUCGGUGGGUCACAGGUACAGAGAAAAUGACGGUGGAGUCAGUUCGAAAUCUCUUCAUGUCAUAUCUUGAAGCUGUACCAGGGGCUCUCAACGAAGAUGGUAUCACAAGAAGCUGGUUCCAUGUCUAUUCAACGAAAUUGCACGACCAGCACUCCACAGUCCUAAACUCCUUCGGCGUUGAUACAAGGAAAGUCACCUUGGCAACCAUCUCUGAGGAGAAGGACGUUCUCCAUAUAGCCAUCAAUCAUGAGAUGUGGGAUGAGAGGGAUGUUAGGAAGUAUGCGGAUCAGUUUCAGUAG